AAUUCUGCAAGAGGCGGCGGAAGCUCUGCGGGGUGAGAGGGAAGUGACAGUCACCCAGGGAGGCAGGCGCUUGGUUUCGGAGUCGCUCUCUCCUACAGUCAAAUGUCCUAAAGCCAUCAUCCUGCUGCAGGAAUGUGAAUUCUCCCUCUUACAGUUGAGUGACCCACAGACGAAUACCCCUCAGUCACCAGAUGUGGGUUGCUCCGGAGAGUCACGACCUGUUAGGUGGUUCUCAGCAGCUGAGCCAGACCCUGCUGACAGCUGGAGGAUGCAGCUGACCACGAUGCCCUUUGUUGGGCAGCAAGCCCUUGCUCGCAGAAGGAUCUGGAAAGUACAUCUCUGUGUUUACCACCCCUAGAAAACAAGCGUAGGCAGCCAAUUGGGCCUCUGGGUCCCGUGCAUCCUGGGAACUGUAGUUUCCGGCUUCCUCCUCCCGAAUACAAGCUCCACAGAAUCGCUGGAGGACGGUUGCUUGGUAUUAGCAAGCGGGAAGUAUGGCCGCGGCGCGCGUCGACGCGGCUUUGCCUCCUGGAGAAGGAUCAGUGGUCAAUUGGUCAGGGCAGGGGCUACAGAAAUUAAGUCCAAAUUUACCCUGUGAAGCUGAUAUUCAUACUUUGAUUCUGGAUAAAAAUCAAAUUAUUAAAUUGGAAAAUCUUGAGAAAUGCAGACGAUUAAUACAGUUGUCAGUAGCUAAUAAUCGGCUGGUGCGGAUGAUGGGUGUGGCCAAACUAACCCAACUCCGGGUGUUAAAUUUGCCUCAUAAUAGCAUUGGCUAUGUGGAAGGCCUAAAGGAACUAGUACAUUUGGAGUGGCUGAAUUUGGCAGGAAAUAAUCUCAAGGCCAUGGAACAGAUCAAUAGCUGCACAGCUCUACAGCACCUCGAUUUGUCAGACAAUAACAUACCCCAGAUAGGUGAUCUAUCUAAAUUGGUAUCACUGAAGACCCUGCUUUUACAUGGAAACAUCAUCACCUCUCUUAGAAUGGCACCUGCUUAUCUACCCAGAAAGCUUGCUAUACUUUCUUUGGCAGAAAAUGAAAUUCGGGAUUUAAAUGAGAUUUCUUUUUUGGCAUCCUUAACUGAAUUGGAACAAUUGUCGAUCAUGAACAAUCCUUGUGUGAUGGCAACACCCUCCAUUCCAGGGUUUGACUAUCGUCCGUACAUCGUCAGCUGGUGCUUAAACCUCAGAGUCCUAGAUGGAUAUGUGAUUUCUCAGAAGGAAAGUUUGAAAGCUGAAUGGCUCUAUAGUCAAGGCAAGGGGAGGACGUACCGGCCUGGACAGCACAUCCAGCUUGUCCAGUAUCUGGCUACAGUCUGUCCUCUCACUUCCACACUGGGUCUUCAAACUGCAGAAGAUGCCAAACUGGAGAAGAUUCUGAGCAAGCAGAGGUUUCACCAGAGGCAGUUGAUGAACCAAAGCCAAAAUGAAGAGUUGCCUUCUCUUCCUCUUCCUGAAGCAAGGACACCCCUGGCACCUGAGCAUUCAAGCCCUGCUCAGGAUUGCCAGAUAGUCCAGGAAAGCAAACCAGUCAUCCAAGUCAAUUCUUGGGUUGGGCUAAGCAGGAAUGAUGACCAGUUAUGUACUGUUAAGAAUAACCUUCCAGCCUCUGUACAUACGACAAGAUAUUCUCGAAAUGACCUGCAUCUGGAGGACAUACAGACCGAUGAGGACAAGUUAAACUGUAGUCUUCUCUCUUCAGAGUCUACGUUUAUGCCAGUUGUAUCAGGACUCUCUCCAGUGUCACCUACAGUUGAGUUGAGGCUACAGGGCAUUAACUUGGGCCUGGAAGAUGACAGUGGUGCACAUGAAUCUGUGAAAGGGCAGGAAAACCAGGACUUGGGUAAGGAAGAGGAGAAAGCUUUCUGGGCUGCCAAUGAGAACUCUGAUCCAAUGACAAAAAGUGCAGUCAGAACAGAGGUAAAUGAGAAAGAUGGGCUAUGCCCUUGUCCUGAGCCAGCAGUAACCAGUGCUGUCUUGAAAGGUGACACCCACAGUCUUACAUCUUUUCCUGAGUCAGUUGGACACACCGUCUUCCAUACACCACCAGACAGUGAAGAAUCUAUGUCUCAAGCGGCUUCAGAGAAACUUCCCUGCAGGGUUUUAACCCAGAAAUCUGUUGCUUUGGGACAAGAUAACGUUGCCCUUCAGAAAUUGAAUGAAGCAGCCACCAAGCUUCAGGCCUGUUGGCGAGGCUUCUAUGCCAGGAACUACAACCCUCAAGCUAAAGACGUUCGUUCCGAGAUCCGGCUGCGCAGAAUGCAGGAGCACGUUGUCUGCCUGACUGAGGAAAUAAGGAGGUUAAGAAAAGAAAGAGAUGAUGAACGUAUUAAAAAUGUUGUACAAGAAGAGGCUGUCAGAUUCCUCUGGAACCAGGUAAGAUCUCUCCAAGCUUGGCAACAGACAGUGGACCAGCGUCUAAGUUCCUGGCAUUCUCAUGUUCCUCCUGUAUCAAGCACGCUGGUGCCACCUGAGCCGCCAUUAUUCACCCAAAGUCAGGAGCCCUCUUCUGAUCAAGAUUCUGAUUGGUUCAUUGCUCCCGAUGAAGCUCCUCAGGAAAAAUCCUUACCAGAAUUUCCAGACUCUGGUUUUCAUUCCUCCCUAACAGAACAGGUUCACUGUUUGCAGGGCUCUCUGGAUUUUGGAAAAAGUUCCACAGAAGGCAGUGAAAGUUCCUUAAUGGGGAAUUCCAUUGACACAGUCAAAUGUGGCCAAAAGUCAGCUGGAGGGGAUAUUAGCAAAGAACAUGAUGAAUGGAAUAAGGAAACCUCAAACAAUGAGCAGGAUAAUAGUCUGCUUGAACAGUAUUUAACUUCAGUUCAACAGCUAGAAGAUGCAGAUGAGAUGACAAAUUUUGCUGAAGGGACAGAAGAUAGUAUGCUUCCCAUAGCUCGUUCCCCUGAGAAGUUAGAUGCCUUGUCUGACAGUGCUUCCAUAGAUGAUGCUCACGGCAUAGCUCCUACUUUGCAAGAUGAAAUCUGCCAGACACCAGAGAAUUGUAACUUAAAUGUAGAAGUUCAAGGGCAGCAGUCAGAAUGUGAUUCUACAUUUCAGGUAUUACAUGUUGGUAUUACUGUGUAGCAUGUCUGGUUGCUUGGGAAGCAGAAAUCCACUUAACUUUUCAUAAGACUAUGUUCAAUUGCCUUUUUUUUUUUUGAAGGGGAAUGGGAAUAUUUCCCCCAGUUUUGUUACUAUUUAUAUAGAAUUUGUAUUCCUGUCUCAUAUUUUCCAUAUUCUAAGUAGUGAACCGAAUCUUCCUUUUGAUUUUGUUAGCUUUUUUCUUAGCUGUAAUGUAUCAAAUUAUAUUUAUUUUGAAACCUAUAUGCACUUUAUUUCUUAACAACUGAAUUGCAUCAACAGUGUUCCUUUUUUUUUUUGUAUUCAUUGCUUUUCAAAAAUAAACUAGAAUAUCUUAAAGAAAAUAGAAAAAUUUACCUUAAAGAUAUAAAUACGAGAAUUUUGACUCUUCUCUGUGUGAGGAAAUUAAUUGUGUAGUGAGGAAUGCAAUUUGUUUAAGUGAAUAUAAAUGGCAAAUAUGAGGAAUUGAAAUUUGCUGGCCUCCUUGGAGGAAGGACAUGCAUUUUUAAGCCUUUUUUCCUCCCUUAUAAAGGAAGACCUUAUAAGCAAAUCAGGAGAGAAAGUGAGAUUAUAGGAUUUUUCAGUAGGGCUGAUUAAAUUGUCUUAUGGAAAAGUGUAGUUUAGGUAUCAGUUUUAAAAAAAGAAGCGAAGUGUUCCAUGCAUAAUUAAAAUCAAGCUUAUUUAGAGACAACACAAGAAUAUUGUGUUGUCAUAGCAAACAUUUAUUAUCUUUUCAUUUAGUUCUUUUUUACCCCACAGAUAAGCAUUUUGUGUGCCAAUAUAUUGCCAGAAAUUAAUGUAUGUUCAUAUUCUCUGUUCUUGCUUUAUAUUUGUUUAUGUAUUUCAGCAGAAGGUCCAUGAUCAUUUACUUCACUUUUGACCUCAGCCUCAUAAUGAAGAACAUUUAAAAUAAUACGAGUGGUAGAAUAUGAAUGACCUUUUUUUUUGAAAGAACUAUUUUCUGUCUAAAUCUCUGAAAAAAGUGCCACAUUUGGAAGACAAUUCAAUGGUGGUUAAGAACAAAUAAACCUCACUUAUCUUGUUAAAAAGAAUAUAUAUCUGUAACUCCAGGAAGAAAUGAUAAUAUUGUGUUUGAAUGUUAUAAAUAGAUGUAUUUGCAAAUGAAGGAUAAUUUUUGGAAGCUUGAUAUUUUCAUCUUUGAAAAUGUUCUGAUAUCACUGAACAACACAUAUCUGAUUUCCCCAAAUUUAUGGAUGUUCUACUAUUUAAAACUAUGGCAAUACUUAAGUAUUCUCUAAAUUUUGGUGCUAAAUGCCCAUUAUUAUUCAGUUACAGUCAGUAGGUCCCCUUCUUUGAAGUUGUAAAACUUCUGAUCCUUCAAGAAUAAAGUCAAGGGUCACAUGUUAAUACUUUGUUGAUAAUUAGAAACAUUUCUCUCCAGUAUGGGUAAGAUAUAUCUUUCUUGGUUUAUAAAUAUGUAGUAUUCAGGUUGAGAAGACUUGGAUUUCAUUCUCAGAAAUCCGGAACCUCUUAAAAGGAAAUAUUUUUUGUCUCUUAUAAACUGAAUAACAGUCUUUUGUUCAAAAGUAUUUUCCCUAGUGACGCAUGUGUAAUGUUGAAUGCAUGUUAAAUAAAAAUAGAAUUUUUAACUUUUUGAAUAAUACUGAUUAUCUUUUAUGAAUGGUUUUGAAUUUCUUGUUAAAUAUGCCCUAUUUUUCUAUUUUACAGUUAAGUGCCUCAUUUGCUACCCAUAGUUAAAGAAAAACCAACUUGCACAGCACUAUUACCAAAAGUGCUGCUUCAUGGUACAUUAAUUUCUCAUAAAAGCUCCAGAAAUGUCAUGGUUCAGUAUUUCCUAACUAGGUUUCUGCUGACAUCUUUUCCUUCCUCUCUUUUUUUGAGAUAUAACAAAACACAGCUAAAUUCAUUUGAACAUAAGUAUUUGUCAGUAAGAUUUCCUUUUUUACUUUUGAUUUGUUUUUCUAGCCUAUAAGUAGUAUCCAGAGUACUUUUAUUUUAAAAUUGGCCGAAUAUGAUAAUGAUUACUAUUCUACUCUUCAUUCUAUUUAACUUGACUAGUAUUUUGAAGUGCAAGAAUAUUAAGUAGCUCCUUACCUUAACUGUAUAGAUUAUCUUGAAUGUAGAUAGAGUGAAAAUAAUGUAAAUUAGAAUGCAGGAAAACUGUCAUAGACUUCAUAUAUUUUAAUAGGUUUACAACGUAAUUAAAAAUAAUUUAUGUAACUAAGAUACUUGGUUUUAACUCUAUGGGCUAUUCAUUGGUGUGGCUAAAGACGGAAUGGGUCUAGUAAGGUUUGGGAAGUUGAGCUUUAACAAGGUCUUUGUGUUUCAUCUAACAGGAGAGAUUUAGUUCAGCUCUGCUAUUUUAGUUUCUGUCAGUUCUCUUUAUUUAUGGAUCACUCAAUGUAUUAAUUAGAAUUCCUGCAGAAGCACAGAAUCAUACUAUGUGAGAAUUAGAAGGAACCUUAGAGAUUCUAGUAUCUUUGUUUUGAAGAUGAAACUAAGGCACAGUGAAGUUAAAUAUCUUGUCUGCUGUUUUAGAUAGUAGUAAAUAAACUGUGAAAACUUAAGUUAUUAUUCUUUAUAUUUAGUGUGACAUUAAGAAAAUCUCGCAGAUUUUUCAUUGUUUUUGAAAGAGAAGAGAAGCUUCAGAAAGAGCUAGAACUCUACCACUCAAGGAAAAAGUGCUUGUAAAAAACAACUAAUUCAUUCAGAACCCUGAGUGAAUGUUCUCUAAGAAAUGUGAUUUGAUUAAAAUGGUUUUAAAGAGCAAUAGUAGAAACUAAACAUUUAAUAGCAUAACUGCAUCUUAGAGUCCAUUUAUUUGAUGACAAGUAUAACAAGUUACUGAGAUAUAAAUUUUUCUAGUGAAAUGCUGAAUUUGAUUAUAUUUCAUCUUCAGUUUUACAGAACACCACAUGUUAUAGUUUUAAACUCUCCUGGUGUGCAGAAGGCUGCAAUCAUGACAGUUGAUACAUGUACUUGGUUUUAUAAGUUUAAUUAUAAAAGGCCUCAGAAUAUGCAUGUUUUAAGAAAACGUUUGUUUAACCACAGCAAGUGUUUGUAUACGUGCAAAUAAUUUUAUUAUUGAAUAAUAUGGGCACCAUUCUUGAGUGUGGAUUUUUCUCUUGUUUUGGGUUAUUUUAAAUGUACAAAUACCAUAAUAGUGCAUUUUUCUGUUAUCUGCUUAAGACAAGUCUAGUUCCACUUUUUAAUAAGUAUUUUCAAAAACAAUAUUGGCUUAAGAAAUUAUACUAUCUCCCUUGGUACUUUUUUUUGCAAUUCUUAGAAUUGAAUUUAUAACAAUAAUUUAAAAUCUUUUUUUUUUCUGGAGAAUUAAGACAUAGUAAAAAAGGGAAAAAUAUAAAAUAAGUCUGAUCAAUUUUCUAUUCAUAAAAGAAAUUAAAAAAGAGACUUAAUUGCUUAAUGUAUAUUUUUUACUUUGCCAGGUACCUUAGAGGGAUAUUUUUUACAUUGUAAUGUUUUAACUUUUAAAUAUAUGACCCCCCCUUAUUCAUUAAGUAAAGCAGAAGGGUUCUGUAGGGAAUAUUCUAAACAUUUUUAGUGAUACUGCUUUUGUUGAUCAAACGUGUUAAGAUUAAUAAAAUUAAAAGUCAAGUAAAUGAAGUAGUCCUCACAGCUUAGAGAGAAACGAACAGUUGUCGUUUUAAAAUGAGGUGCUUUUUAUUUAUGAAUGAAUAGAAAUCAUACUAAAUUUUAAUUCCUUAAUUGAUUUUACUGACUAGCUAGCAGGGAUCAUUCUGCAGUAGUUUUGUUCAUUUUCUAAUUAAAUUUGAGUGUUUUGUAAUAAUUUUAAUGUUGAGAACAAGAGUUUAAAGUAAUUUGAUUUUGAGCUAUUUUUAGAUUUUUUCCCCUUUAAUUUUAUUGUAGAAAUAGUAGAUGAUUCAAUCUACUGGUUAUGGUCUGUUUUAUGAAGGCUUCAUAUUUUAUAUUCUACUUAUUUAAUUUGUAUUUGAGUCUCUAAUUCUAAAUAAAAAGUUUGUACCUUUCUUUGAGUGAUUAUCUGUUUAUUAUAAUGAUUAAUAGUAAUGGUUGUUAUUCAUUGUGCUUUGUGCUUGUAAUUAAAGGGUGAUUAAAAUUCAGAACAAACUGCCAAUGGAAGUCUACCAGAGAAGGUCCUGAGUAUCGUUAUAUAAAUUAAUUUACAAUGAAACAGUCCUAGCCUUAUGAAAAUGGAUAUGAAGUGGAAGGAAUGCUAAUUUAGUUUUAUUUGGUUUGGAUUUUAAUUACUUUCAAGAUACUCACUGGAAUUCUCUGGGUAGAAAAGAGCAGAUACCGUGUUUCCCUGAAAAUAAUACCUAACCGGAAAAUAAGCUGUAGCAUGAUUUUUCAGGAUGCUCGUAAUAUAAAAUAAGCCCUAAUGCGUCUUUUGCAGCAAAAAUUAAUAUA